AUGGUUAUGGAAGAGAAGAAUGGCAUGGCGCGCAAUCAAAUCUAUGUAGCUGCCGAGGUUUAUCUCCACACGAAAAUCAACCCAAAUACUAAGAGACACAGAGCAAGCAAGUACUCCAAGAAGAAAAAAUAUCACUCUGAGUAUGGAAAAAGAGGAAAAAGUGAUAGAUACAUACAAUGGCAUUCGACUCGAAUGGCCAAAGAAAUUAAGGAGAAAGAUAGGAAUGUGAAAUUGUACACAACGGAUUGUCCAUGGAGAAAUGACGACGAUGAUGGAAGAAGAGGAAGAGGAGAGUGGGGAUACGUAAAUUUGGAUAUUCAUCCUGUAACUUUCGACAAAUUGGCAAUGGACCCCGAUUCGAAAAAACGAAUCAUUGAGGAUUUGGACAUGUUUUUGACUCUGUCGGGUUUGCUGAACUUGAUGGAUGGAUUGUGGUCGAAUAGUGGAGACGAGAGAAUCAUAAUUUUCACAACAAACCACAAGGAGAAGAUUGAUCCUGCUUUGUUACGUCCUGGUCGAAUGGUCAUGCACAUUCAUAUGUCAUAUUGCACGGACAAAGGAUUCGAUGUCUUGGAAUACAAUUAUUUAGGAAUCGAGAUCAUCCAAGGUUGCUUCUCGAGAUAA